GUUCCUUUUCUAGCGGAACCGCUAACACGGGAGCUGCACGCCGUCAGCACUACGAGAGAAACGCAAAGGUGGAUUUUAAAUAAUAUUACAUCAUUAUACAUUGGGACUGAUAAUUUCUGGGAGGAUAAAGGGCAAGCUGAGCAGAGAUGUCUCGUUUCUUUGCUACUGGUUCUGACAGUGAGACUGAGGAGUCAUCCUCAGGGGAUGAGAUCACUCCCAAAACAACUGGGACUACUUUCACUAAACAGUCUCUGUUGCUCAGUGACGAUGAGGAGGACACCAAGAGAGUGGUGCGCAGUGCCAAGGACAAAAGAUUUGAGGAGUUGACGAACCUUAUCAAGACCAUCAGGAAUGCCAUGAAGAUCAGGGACAUGGCCAAGUGUCUGGAGGAGUUUGAGCAGCUAUGUCGAGCCUUCCUGAAGAGUAAGACAAUAGUGGACAAGGAGGGAGUGCCUCCUUUCUAUAUCCGCCUUCUGGCCGACCUGGAGGACUACCUCAAUCAGCUAUGGGAGGAUAAAGAGGGGAAGAAGAAGAUGAACAAGAACAAUGCCAAGGCCCUCAGCACCCUGAGACAGAAGAUUCGCAAAUACAACCGCGAUUACGAGACUGAAAUAGCCAGCUACAAGGAGAACCCAGAGCAGUCUGCAGAUGAGGAGGAAGAGAAAGAUGAAGGGGAUUCUGGCUCCUCUUCAGAGAGUGAGGAAGAGGGGGAAGAGGGAGAGGAGGGAGUGUCUGUGAAGAGCUUCCUGAAGAAGAAGCCCACCAGUGAGCCACCUGUAGAUGCAAGCAAGUUCCUGAAGGGCGCGGCGGAUGAAGAAUCCGAAAGUAGUGAUGAUGAGGAUGAUGAAGACUGGGGAGCAGACACGGUUGAUAGUGGCAGCGAGAGUGAAGAUGAUGAUGGGAAGAGUGCUUCCUUGGCCGUUGUCUUCCUCAAGAAGAUGCCGGACAGUGAGAGGCAUACGAGCGAAAAGAAGAAAGAGGAAAGGAAGAAGAGGCACAAGAAGAAGGAGCGUCUGGAGGAGGAAGAAGAAGAAGGGAUGGAGGAAGAUGGAGGAGACUGGAAGAAGGUUAAAGGAGGGCUGUCCCUGGUCAAGGAAAAGCCCAAGAUGUUCGCUAAGGGCACAGAAAUCAACACUACUGUUGUCGUGAAGAAGCUCAAUGAGAUCCUGCAGGCUCGCGGUAAAAAGGGAACUGACAGAGCUACCCAGAUCGAGCUUCUCCAUGCCCUGGCAAACAUCUCCAAUGAGAACAACCUGGGAGAGGGCAUCCUGGUCAAGAUCAAAUUCAACAUCAUUGCCUCACUCUAUGACUACAACCCCAACCUAGCUGCGUUCAUGAAGGCGGAUAUGUGGAAGAAGUGCCUCGACUGUAUUGAUGAACUGCUGGACAUCUUGUUUGAUAACAACAUUUUCAUAGGGGAAAAUAUUGCAGAGGAUAGCGAAAAUCUGGCAGUAUCUGAGCAGGCAGGGCGGCAACCUGCGGCACCCGAAAAUAUCGUUGGGGAAGCGCUCCAUAACGAUGGCAAGAACCCGUUCAGGGUUCGAGGAUGUAUUCUGACUCUGGUUGAACGGAUGGACGAGGAGUUCACCAAAAUCAUGCAGAACACGGAUCCCCACUCGCAAGAGUAUGUAGACAACCUGAAAGACGAGGGCCGCGUGUGCGGGAUCAUCGACCGGCUCCUGCAGUACCUGGAGAACAAGGGCAGCACGGAGGAAAUCUGCCGGGUGUACCUGCGCAGGAUCAUGCACACCUACUAUAAGUUUGACUACAAGGCCCACCGCCGGAGCCUGGGGCUACAGGGGGAGUCCAAGUCUGAGCAGGACCAGGAGGAGAGCGAGGGCGAGGAUAGCGCAGUGGUGAUGGACCGCCUCUGCAAGUUCAUUUACUCCAAGGACCGGACCGACCGCAUCCGUACCUGCGCCAUCCUGUGCCACAUCUACCACCACGCCCUGCACAGCCGCUGGUACCAGGCUAGAGACCUCAUGCUCAUGAGCCACCUUCAGGACAACAUCCAGCACGCUGACCCACCUGUACAGAUCCUGUACAAUCGCACCAUGGUGCAGCUGGGCAUCUGUGCCUUCAGGCAGGGCAUGAUCAAGGACGCCCACAACGCCUUGCUGGACAUCCAGUCCAGCGGCCGUGCCAAGGAGCUCCUGGGCCAGGGCCUGCUGAUGAGGAACAUGCAGGAGAGGAACGCCGAGCAGGAGAAGAUCGAAAAGAGGCGGCAGGUGCCAUUCCACAUGCACAUUAACCUGGAGCUUCUGGAGUGUGUUUACCUGGUGUCCGCCAUGCUGCUGGAGAUCCCUUACAUGGCAGCGCACGAGUUUGAUGCCCGACGCAGGAUGAUCAGCAAGCAGUUCCACCACCAGCUGAGGGUUGGAGAGAGGCAGCCCCUGUUGGGGCCUCCCGAGAGCAUGCGGGAGCACGUGGUGGCCGCCAGCAAGGCUAUGAAGAUGGGCGACUGGCGCACCUGCCACUCCUUCAUCAUCAACGAGAAAAUGAACAGCAAGGUGUGGGACCUCUUCCCGGAGACGCAGAGGGUCCGGGAGAUGCUCGUCAGGAAGAUCCAGGAAGAGUCUCUGCGCACCUACCUGUUCACCUACAGCAGUGUGUACGACUCCAUCAGCAUGGAGACCCUUUCUGAGAUGUUUGAGCUGGAGUUGCCCACGGUCCACAGCAUUAUCAGCAAGAUGAUCAUCAACGAAGAGCUCAUGGCGUCGCUGGACCAGCCCACGCAGACGGUGGUGAUGCACCGCACGGAGCCCACCUCCCUACAGAACAUGGCCCUGCAGCUGGCUGAGAAGCUGGGCGGCCUGGUGGAGAACAACGAGAGGGUGUUCGACCUCAAGCAGGGCAUCUAUGGGGGCUACUUCAAUAGGGACCAGAAAGGUGGAUACCAACAGAAGCAGGGAUAUCAGAGAGACCAGAGAGGCGGUUACCAGCAGAAGCAAGGUUACCAACGAGAUCAGAAGGGUGGAUACCAGCAGAAACAGGGCGGCUAUCAGAGAGGCGGCUACAGGAACCAGAAUCAGAACUCAUACUGAUCUGGUGGAACCCCUUCCUGACAUUAGGCUUGUUUGUUUUCCAACCGAGACAACAUUUUUGUUCCAUUUCUCAGUUGUGUGAACAGUGCUAUCCCCAGUUUAUGAAGGCAAGCAGCACAGAAUCUUCUAAACAUCAUGAUUUUCUUUUUUGUUCACUUUCAUUGAAAUUAAACUAUCUUUAUUGAGCCGUACUCCAAAUGCAUGUCAUUCAGAGAUCUGGACAUUUGAACUCCAUGUUAUUGAACAUAUAUACCAUUUAAGUUCCCGUAGGCAAAUAUAAGUUGCUUCUUUUAGUACUUUUAAGGCUAGACAUCGGGCAGUUGUGUAAGCAAGAAUAUGGCAGAACUUUGACAGUACUUUUACACAGAUGUGAUGGCAUGAUACUGAUGAGAAAUGCCAGAAGUGACUUUGAACCAGAAAAAAAUAAAGAUUAUUAAUUCAG